UGCUAAUGGCACUGAAUCAUGAACUAAGUAGACCAUCUAGGUGUCACAUUAAGGCUCAUAGACAGCGUUACUCGGGCUUUGAGUUGGAUAGAGCAAUAUCUUUCUUCCUGCUGCUCAACAAUGUGGCUCUAUGAUCUUUUACUGGGUCUAGACCUCAUGGGGGUCUUAAUUUUUUGGAUUAUUUUCAUCAUACUAGCAGACUUCCUUAAAAACUGGAGUCCUUCAAAUUUUCCUCCUGGACCAUUUGCUCUUCCGAUUGUGGGGAAUAUCCUCAGUUUGGACAGCAAACAUCCGCACAUUUAUUUGACCAAGCUGGCUGACAUCUAUGGAAAUGUGUUCAGUGUCCGCCUCGGCAGGGAAAAGAUGGUGUGUGUGACUGGCUACAAGGCGGUGAAGGACGCUAUUGUGGGUCAAGCUGAGAACUUUGUGGAUCGACCAUACAGUGCAGUAGAGGACAGAUUUUACUCUGGAUCUUCAGGUGGUUUGUUCAUGAGUAACGGUGAAGCAUGGAAGACACAGCGCCGCUUUGCCUUGUCAACGUUACGUACCUUUGGCUUUGGCAAAAACAUCAUGGAGCAGAGCAUCUGUGAGGAGAUCCGACACCUACAGGAUGAGAUAGAGAAGGAGAGAGGUGAACCUUUCAACCCAGCAAACCACUUUAACAAAGGUGUGUCUAACAUAAUUUGCCAGCUGGUGAUGAGAAAACGGUUCGACUACAGUGACCACAACUUCCAGCACAUUCUGAAAUGUCUGUCAGAGGUUUUUUACCUGGAGGGCUCGAUAUGGGGUUGGUUGUAUGAGUCAUUCCCUAUAAUGAUGAAGCACUUGCCAGGUCCUCACAACAAAAUGUUCAAUAGCUUCAAAAUCCUCAAAGAAUUCAUCAGUCAGGAGAUACAAAGGCACAAGAAAGACCUGGACCACAACAAUCCCCGGGACUACAUUGACACAUUCAUCAUUGAAAUGGAAAAACACAAAGAGAGCAAUGUGGGCUUUAAUGAGACUAAUCUGGCUGUGUGCUCUUUGGAUCUGUUUCUGGCUGGAACAGAUACAACCUCCACCACUUUGCUGUGGGCUUUGGUUUUCCUCAUCAAUAAUCCAGAAAUCCAGGAGAAAGUCCAGGGAGAGAUAGAUGACGUAGUUGGACGAACCCGUCUGCCCACCAUGGCUGACAGACCCAAGCUCCCCUACACUGACGCUGUCAUCCAUGAGAUCCAGAGAUGUGGAAAUAUUGUUCCUCUCAAUGCAUUCAGAAGAGCCACCAAGGACACCACACUAGGUGGUUACUUCAUCCCCAAGGGUACGACUCUUAUGCCCAUCCUGACCUCUGUUCUGUUUGACAAGAGUGAGUGGGAGACUCCAGACACCUUCAACCCAGGACACUUCCUCGACUCUGAGGGAAAGUUUAGGAAGAGAGAAGCUCUCAUUCCCUUCUCUGCAGGGAAACGUGUGUGCCUUGGAGAAAGUCUCGCCAAGAUGGAGUUGUUCCUGUUUUUGGUUGGAUUACUACAGAAGUUUUCUUUUUCUGUCCCUGAUGGAGUUAAACUUAGUACUGAGGGAAUAACUGGAAUCACACGUGUGCCGCACCCAUUCAAGGUUUAUGCAAAGGUGCGAUGAACUGAACAACAACUCCCUGAGACAUGUUAAGUCAAGCCAAAGUGUCAGAGACAAGUUCCACCUAAAUACUUUAUGAAUUUAAAGUGUAGCUAAGAGCUAUCUUUAAAAAUUCAACCUUUGACAGUAUUAUGACUGCAUAUGUACAAGGCAUCUGUUUGUUUUCAUUAAAGUAUCUGUGAAAGUUAUUUUGACAAAAAUUCCUUGUAAUUCUUCUAAGACAUUCUAUUGGCCCUUGUUAUCUAUGACGAAAUGUAAAAGAACUGUUCAUACACACAUGUUCUAAAAAUUGCACAUCUGCUGCAGGUGGGAGGUCUGAUGCUUUAUUAAAGCUCCAAUA